ACAAAACAGAGCAGUGACACAUAUUUCCGCAUAUAUUACAUAUCAAUAGUUCCUACACGAAAACGAACACAUGAAAUAGGAAUUUCAGACCUACCUCGAUUAUUUUUUGACGCGAAAAUGAUGAGAGCUCGUUUGCUGUGGUUCGGUCUCGGCUUCUCGUCGACCGGAGCUGCAAUUUCUCACCUGAUUUGGAAAGACCUUAUCGUCGACCGCUCUGCUCUUUCCUCCGAUGUGAUGCAAAAGUUUGCAGCUCUUGAAAGUAGAAUCGUGAACCUGGAGCAUUCUUAUCAGAAUCGGAAUCCUGCUUCUCAGGCGGAGGACUAGUUUUCCUUUGGAGCUCAAUGAAGUUUAGGCUGGCCUCUUGUUGAGUUUAUUUGGCUAUUGAUGCCAGGUUGACCGUUACUUAUGUGGAAAUUACAAUUUGCUGACUCUAUUCUGUUAAGUCAGAGUCACGCCGACUAUUUUACUAAAAUCACUUGAUAUUCUUGGGGUGUCAUACACAACAUGAUUUUCGUAUUUCUUAAUAUUACUACGCAAGGCCUCCCAACUGUUUGAAAAUUAUGUUAAUUAUUAAUGAAAGAUCCCAGCUCAGCUCUUUUUAGUUUUUACUACUACAAAUUGGCUACGCUAAUCAAUCAUUUACUAUAACUAGCGAAGCCGGAUAUUUCUUGCAGGAGAGCAAAAACAUUUCUCUUCCGAGUACUACAUGUCUACAUCGUUCUAGUUGACUAGU